AUGAACAAAGCGGUGUUGAGCAGCAUUUUCUUUGUUUGUUUGACCGUCCAGACUGUUUCGAUUUUCCUAAUCACAAGAUACUCUCGUGGUGUGUUAAAAGAGAAGUUCUCUAUUCCGUCAUCAAUUUUAUUGAAUGAAAUAAUCAAAUUGUUCGUCUCGUUGAUAGGAAUAUUUGUGACACACAAAGAAAAGUAUUUUUCACAUUUGAAAACGCUUAUUAUGUGUUCGUUAGUGUCGUCUGUUCCUGCUCUCAUUUACUUCUUCCAAAAUAUUUUGAGUCAAGUCGCACUUUCUAACAUUCACCCGGGUCUUUAUUCGAUACUUUCUCAACUCAAAAUCUUGUCAGCUGCGUUGUUGUCAGUCAUUAUAUUAGGUAAGAAAUUGACAACAACACAAUGGAGAGCACUCUUGGCUUUGGUAGUCUGUGUAACAAUCGUAGAAAGUGCAAAUCGUGCUGCUUCAAACAGUUCAAAUGAAAAAACAGAAAUGGGAAAUUACUUCUUAGGAAUUAUCACAGCGAUCAUUGCAAAUUCGGCUUCUGGUUUUAGUGGGGUGUAUAUGGAGAAAAUUCUGAAGAACAAAGUAUCGUCAGGGCCAAAGUUGAAUUUGUGGGAACGGAACUUCCAGUUAUCAUUGUAUUCGAUUUUAUUUGCAGCUAUCAAUGUCUUUGUCGUCGAUUUUAAAUCAACUUUCACACUUGGACCAUUCCACGACUUCAGUUGGACAGCAUUCUUAAUGGUUUUAGAUUACUCAGUGGGUGGUAUAUUAGUUGCACUUGUCAUGACUUAUGCUGAUGUCAUUGUUAAGGGAUUUGCCGUAUCUGUUGCUAUUGUGCUGACUACUUUAUUGUCACACUUCUUAUUUGGAUCACCAAUUAAUCUUGAAUUCGCACUUGGAGCGGUUGGCGUGUUAAUUGCAAUUGCUAACUACAACGACGAGACUGCGUCUUACACAUUCCAAAGUAAAAUUAAAGACGUCAUUGAAAAAGAAAAGAGCGAAAAUGCUGAAAAGGUCGAUACAGAAAACGACAAAAAAGAAAAAUGA